GGGAAAACUCGGCUCCAAAAAGAGAAAAGCCCCAACCUACAAAAAUCAAAUCAGCAGAAUUGCAGAGAGUGAGAGAGUAAGAGAAAAUGGAGGGAGGGAGCUCAGAAUUGCAGGGCAUACAAGAAGCCAUCAGAUCCUCAGAUGUGGUGGAGAAUCGGAUUGAAUUACUUAAGAAGCUUGGCGAUUUGAAAAUAACAGAGAAGUCUGAAUUGGCUUCCCUUGCCGAGUGUUUGACAAUAUUCUGGGAGGAGUAUACUUGCUUGGAUUUAAGCCAGUGCAUGUUAAAUAGUGCUAUAUUACAGGUGGCUGCGAAGCACCUAGAAUCAGACACAUCCAACUGUCUAGCACAUUUCCUUGUCCUUGGGACCAAGGCAAGCAUAUGGUGUGGAAAGCACCUAAAAAUGACUCUUAUGUCAACCGAGGAAUCUCAAGAAGAAGAGCACGAGAACCUGUUCUUUCAGCUGUUUCUGGAUCUGCUGAGCUUUUUGAGGGCUUGCUUUUCAGCUUUGGCAAGAUACCCUGUUUCUGUUGAGAAGAUGACAGUGGAUAUAGUUGAAACAUUCUUAGAUGAAGAGUUAAACUUGAUCAAAUAUUCUAUAUCAGAGAUAAAGAGAAUUCAGUCAUUUGUAUCAGAAGAAGUAGUAGUAAAGGUCACACAGGAGGUCAUUGAUUCUGUAAUAAGACUGUGUGGAGCAUAUGCCCGAGCUUUGAAUUGGGAUUCUUGGGAAGAAAAACUCGAGAGGGAUAAAACUGACAUGGACUUUGAAGGGGCCAAUAGUAUGAAUCAUGUUAUUAAUGUAACAAAGUGUACAAUAGAAAAACUAUGUCAGAUGGGCAUUAUUGCAGCUAAUAAUGGCGGAAGUCUGGUACCGAUUAUUAAUAUGUCGUGGAAAGGUGUGGUCACUUUGCUUCAGCUCGGUGAUGGGGUAUUAGCAACAAAGGUGAAAGUAGCUGCUCUAAUUUCAAAUCUAAUCUCAUUGGUUAAUGAAUCUAUAAGACAUGCAUCUGAGGCAUGGUUUUCAUCACUGAAGGAAAACAUCUCUGUGUCAGAAGCUAGAAAGGCAUUUCUUCCUGUAAAGUUUUAUUUGGUUAAUGCAGUAAAAAUAUCUUCCCUAUACCCAUAUCAAGCAUAUCUGGUGCAAAGUGAGAUAACAAAAUGUAUCCUGAUGAUGUCAACCUUAAAGAUUUCAUUGAGCAAUGAAAAACUGUUAAAAACUGCCAGUGAUGUUUUCACAGAACUCUUGGAGAAGACAUCCUUGGAUUUGCUUAUUGCUCUACUGAACUCAGUUCAAGUGAAGCGGGAGCUCAAGGUUGAGAUUCUAGACUAUCUCUUCAGUGAAGGAAGCUGCACAAAUUCUGUUGCUGGAGAUCCGACUACAUGUGGGGAAGCAUUGCCCGGAGAAAGAACCUUCUUGAUUGGCCGUGUUUCAUUGUUUCUUAAUUUUCUGAGAUUUUCUCUCGAUCUUGACGAUGAUGUAAAGCUUGGGAUUGCUGGAAAGCUUGGUUGGUUCUUUGAUAUGUUAGUAAAUGAAGAGGUAUAUUCUUCCAUUCUUCAUUUGCAAGUUCCUGUGCUAUAUGGUUCUGGAAAAACUGUGGAAGUUGUCUGGCAGCCUUUGUUUUCUUCUAUUUUGAAUGCAUUGCAAAUCUACAUGCUUGUGGUUUCUUCUGGUCCUGCUUGGAGGGAGUUGGAGUCUUUUCUUCUUGAGAAUUUAUUUCACCCCCACUUUCUUUGCUGGGAGAUUGUAAUGGAACUUUGGUGCUUUAUGGUUCGCCAUGCUGAGUCAGGGAUGGUGAGUGGCAUUGCUGGUAAACUUUGCUCUUUAAUGAAGUUGGUGGCAUCUACUGAAUCAGUUCUUGUAGCUGAUUCUGCUCUGAGAAAAGUGGCAAGGUCAAUCAGCAUAAUUCUUACUUUUGGUGCACAAUCUAUGGUAGACCAGGUUUACAUGGCCAUUGUACGUGAUGAGGGAACCCAAUUGUCAUCAGUUAUGCGUCUGGCGUUGUUCAUGGAGGGCUUCCCACUGAAUUUACUGUCAGACACGAUGAAAAGAAUUGCGACGCAAAGGAUAAUUACUGAUUACUGUCUCUUCAUUGAAAAUUUUGAUGAGAAGUCAAUGAAAUCUCUUGAUUGUGGUCUUUUUGGGGCCCCAGUUUUUGCUUUGUCAGCUUCGUUGCAGUCUCUUCAGAUCAGCACAUCUGAUAUCAAUGUGAAGACCUUGAAGUUUUUAGUUGCCAUCAUUCAUAACUACAGGGUUUGUGAAGAUCAGCUAAUGAAGGACCAGUACCGUAAGCUUCUGAGUGAAACAUUAGUGAUCAUCUCAAAUAUGAAGCACCUAUAUGCAUCUCUUGAAAUGGAGAAAGUAAUCUGUGAGCUUGAAAACCUGUUUAUCUCGGGACCUGCUGUUUCUGAUACCCAAUUGUAUGUAUGCAAAACAGAUCUGGCUCUUUUCAUGGCAGGCCUUGCUCACAUGGAUAUCAAAGAAGCUGAUGAAAGUUCCAAGAUCUCUGCUCUAUGGGAUUUGUAUCACAUGUUAUUGGGAGAGCGGCACUGGGCAUUUAUUCAUUUGGCAAUUACAGCAUUUGGAUACUUUUCUGCUCGGACAAAUUGCAAUAAGCUCUGGAGAUUCGUGCCUCAGAAUGCAGCGCUUUCCUAUGAUCUGACUUCUGGAAAUGAGGCAAAUCUGGAGCGAUUUAUGUCUGAGUUCAAGGUUUUUCUUGAGAAGGAAACGGCACUUCUCACAAUAACGGCUAGCUCUGACCAGCUUGGUCUGCUUGUGAGGGAGGGUCUAAAACUAAAAGAAAUGUUCCAAAAGACUUCAAAUGUCGUCGUUGAGACUGCGGAAUGUGACUACAUGGAAAUUGAUGGUGAAAAGCAGGCCAUGGAGAUGAACAGUGGAAAACAAUCCAAUAGGAAAAGGAAAUUUCCUGAUGGAAUUGAAAAGGGAAUGGAACUGCUACAAAGUGGUAUGAAGGUUAUUGUGGAUAGUAUUUCUCAGUUGCAGCAAAAUGAUCAACCCAGCUCCAAUGAACUACCCGACAACUUCUUGACCACCUUUUCUCGCCUUGAAGCUGAAAUUUCUCAACUAGUUGGCCUGGCUGGUGGUGAUUAGGUUGCAAUAUUGUUCAUUGUUGGGAAGUUGUUUUUCAAUGCUUAACAAGUGAGGUACUUAUUCUACUGAAUUAUUAAACUUGCUUAACUAGUCAGUCUAUGUAACUUAUAUAUAUAUAGCCCUAAAGAAGCAUUGAGUUUGGCUUUCCUUCACAAUUUUUUGCCAACCUCUGAAUGUUUGGUUACUACUUUUAGGAAAUUACCGCUGUCAAUGUUUGUAUUUGCUCAAUGUCAGAUUGUCAAU